GGCCUCCCGCCAGGGUGGGGUUGCAAACCUGAGCAGCCUGGCGCUGCUCCCAGGGUUUGGGACCUUCGAGUCAGGCUGUGUUGGUAAGUCCGCCACAUCUGUAUAAAUGUAUACUUCUGGGUUCUCUCACUGAAUCUCAGUGAUGCUAUGAGGAUUUUCUUACCAUGGCUUUGAUUUACUGUAGAUAUGGCUUUGUUGCCUGGGGCACCUUUGCUUGGAUGAAGGCCCUUAAUGGGCAAAAGAAGAGAGCAACAUAAAACUGGAGAUAGCUACAGUGUGUGAACAGACUGGCAAUAUUUUCUUUAUGGGUCAGCUUGGAAGCAGCACAGGCUAAUUGUGCAGGAGCCUGUAGGUCAUGACUCAGUUUAAUAAAGAUUUAGUUAGAAGAGGCCAAUGACCAUCUGCUGUGCCUUCCUGCAUCAAAUAGACCAGAGACGAUAAUCCGGGGAUUCUUGCAUCAAGCCCCUGUCUUCUGCUCAAGCAAGUUUCUGAUCCUAGUUAGGGAAGGGCACGUCGUCUCAUAGCUAGAGCAGAGGAGUGGAAAUUGUGAUAUCUGGGGCUUAUCUCAGGACUAGCCACUGGCACCAAAAGUGAUCUCAGGGAAGUCACUUAUCUUCUCUGUGCCUUGUUUUUCCAUCUGUAAAGUGGAGAGGAUAACAUUUUGCCACCUUUGGACAGAUCGUCAAAAUCCUUGAAUAGAAAGCGCCAUCAGCGUGCCAAGCACUGUUGCUUCUGCUCUUAUUUUGUGACCUCAGGGGUCUAGAAUUCGUCUCCAGGAUUCUGGCUUCUAAGUUUCAAGGAAGAAAAAGAAAUAACUGAACCCCCUUCUUAGCAGCUUCAUCCUUUUGUUCCCGGUGCAAUGUCUGAUUCGAGAGUCUUACAAACCCCCGCUGUGAUUUUUGACAAUGGAUCCGGGUCGUGUAAAGCUGGUGUCGCAGGAGAGCCUACGCCAAGGUCAGUUGUCACUUCAGUGAUUGGUCAUCCUAAAGCAAAAGUGGCUGGAGCUGGCCAGGACUACUGCAUUGGAGAAGGAGCCUUAUCCAAACAGGCUGGCCUAUUGUUGAAGUAUCCCAUUGAGCGUGGCAUAGUGACCUCUUGGGAUGACAUGGAGAAACUCUGGAGACACAUCUAUAAGCAGGAGCUGGGGAUAAAUGCCAGCGAAAGGCCAGUUGUAAUGACGGAGCCGCCGAUGAACCCGCUUCAGAAUCGAGAGAAAAUGACCGAAUUGUUGUUUGAGCGUUUUGAGGUACCGGCUCUGUAUCUGUCCGUCCAGGCUACACUGGCACUGUACGCGUCCGCCCGUACUACGGGAUUGGUAAUGGACAGCGGGGAUGGAGUUACCCACACAGUCCCCAUCUAUGAAGGGCACUGCUUACCCCACGCUGCUUCCAGGCUGAAUGUCGCGGGCAGAGAUAUCACCGAAUACCUUGUGCGGCUCCUGUCAGCAGAUGGCCAUUUCUUCCUGAGCAGGGGCAAAAGAAAUGUUGCAAAGGACAUCAAGGAGAAGUUUUGCUAUGUAGCUUUGGACUGGAGUCAAGAAAUGAAGAGAAGGCCAGAGGAAGUCCUGCGAGAUUAUAAACUCCCGGAUGGAAAUACUGUCAGAAUUGGUCUUCAUCUUUGCAGAGCACCAGAAAUCCUUUUCAUGCCCAUCACCCUUGGCAUUGAUACACCGGGGAUUCACACCAUGAUUUCCAACAGCAUUAAGAAGUGUGAUCGGGAUAUUUGCCACCAUCUCUAUGGGAAUGUGGUGCUGACCGGGGGCUCGUCCCUUCUCCAGGGACUAGAUGAGAGGGUCUUUAAAGAGAUAGAGCAGCAAGCCCCUCAAGGAGUUCCUGUUAGGAUUGUAGCAACUCCUCACAGGAGAUGCUCUGCAUGGAUGGGUGCUUCCAUUAUUAGUUAUCUGGCCUCCUUUGUGUCAAUGUGGGUCACUGCUGGAGAAUACGGGGAAUUUGGACCCCCUGUGGUCCACAGAAAAUGCUUUUAAGAGGCCUGAAAAGAAGGGCCAUUGAGAAUUAUAUUUAAGUGCUGAGGGGAGAAAGUCUAAUUUCUUUGGGCGAUGGCGAUGGAAUAAAAGAGAAGAAAUGGGCAAUACGUGCAGCCUGCGUGUGUCUUG